GUUUAUGACAAUUCCAUGAAGAUGAAUGCUGAACUUAGUGCUGCUGAUGCGAUGAGGGCUGAGCUCAUGCAGGUUCAGGGUGAAAUAGAAAAGCUGAAUGCAGAACGGAAGAAUCUUAUAGCAAAAGUUCAGAUGCUUACCCAAGUUAUGGAGAGGGCCUCAGCCGAAUUGCAGUGGGCUUUGGCAAUUAAAGCUGAAAUUGAAGCCAUGAAGCAGGAAGUGCAGCAUAAGCUUGGGAAUGCGUUGAUUUACAAGGAUGCUAUAGAGUACGAAAAGAAGGAAUAUGUUGAUAAUUAUGAACAAGGUCAGUUACUAGAAAAAAAUCUAAUAUUGAUGGCUCGCAAGGUAGAAAAGCUACGCCUAGAGGUGGCUAAUGCUGUGAAGAGGGCUGGAGAGGGAGAAGCUGCUGGAAAUCAAGGUACAUGCGUCACUUUUUUCCUGCAAUUAACAGAUCAAAGUUGCUCAAAAAACUUGGUUUUGUGAAAAUAGACAAUAACAAUCAUCACGUCCAAUUAAUAAUGAAAUGAUAUUGAAAUUUUGAUAAUUUUAAUAGGAG